CCUAAUUAUCUGAUAAAGAAAAGAAAUAGAGCAGCAACUGCAACAGCCAACAGCCAAAAUAAGCAAAUGGGUAUCAAAGAUCUUCUCAGAUUCAUGAAAACCUAUAUUGAACCAGUUCACAUCAAGAAAUACUCUGGCAAGAGAGUGGGUAUUGAUGCGUAUUCAUGGCUUCAUAAAGGAGCUUACUCAUGUAGUAUGGAGAUAUGUCUGGAUCUAAAAGGCGAUAAAAGGCUGCGAUAUUUGGAGUAUUUUAUGCACAGAAUCAAUCUUCUUAGACACUACAAGAUAACCCCAGUUGUUGUUUUUGAUGGUGCUAGCGUUCCUUGCAAAGCUGCAACUGAAAAUGAAAGACACAGAAGGAGAGAAGCUAAUCAUAAGUUGGCUAUGGAGAAACUUAAGGAAGGGAAUGUUAAUGCUGCUAGUGAUUUCUUUCAGAGAGCAGUGAGUAUCACCCCACUCAUGGCACGCAAACUAAUUCAGAUCUUGAGAUCAGAAAAUGUGGAAUUUGUGGUAGCUCCAUAUGAGGCUGAUGCACAGUUAGCAUAUUUAUCAAGUCUUGAAGCAGAAAAGGGUGGCAUAGCAGCAGUUAUCACAGAGGAUAGUGAUCUAUUGGCAUAUGGUUGCCAAGCUAUCAUUUUCAAGAUGGAUCGAUAUGGUAAUGGUGAAGAGAUGGUUCUAGACAAGGUUUUUGAUGCUGGGGCUUGCAAACCUUCAUUCAAAUAUUUCAACAAGGAAUUAUUUAUAGGUAUGUGUGUCUUAGCUGGUUGUGAUUUCCUUCCAUCUGUUCCUGGGAUUGGGAUUGUUAAGGCUCAUUCCUACGUUUCUAAGUAUCGAAACUUGGAUCGUGUUUUAUCAGUUCUGAAGUUGGAGAAAGGCAGUCAAAUGCCUGAAGAUUACUCCAAAUCUUUCAAAGAAGCGCUUGCAGUUUUCCAGCAUGCUAGAAUAUAUGAUGCCGAAACGAAGAAACUCAGACACAUGAAACCACUUCCACAAAAUCUUCUGGAUUCUUUGGAUGGACAGCUAGAUUUCCUUGGACCAGAGCUUCCCCCUUCAGUAGCAACUGCGAUCGCUGAAGGAAACUUGAAUCCAUCAAACAUGGAGGCCUUUGAUUAUUUUCCAAGUUCUGAAUGUCAGCCAGAUCCCAUUGUCAUCCAAAAUCCUUGUAUGCUCCAAAAAGAUGAAUCCACUGUGGUUUCCAGGCGAAAAGGCUGCUUUAUAAGCAUUUCUUCACGUAAGGCCAGAGAAAAAGAUACUACAGGUAUGGCAAUGAAUGAGGAUCCAGUUGUUACCGAAAGGAAGUACAUCAAUGAAGCUAUAACACUACAGAAACUAAUUAUGCCACAAGAAAUUCUUUCGAGUACAGAAAAAGUUGUGCUUCCUGAUGAAGCUCCACUAAAGAUUCCUAACAACCCAUUUGCAAUAAAAAGUACUACUGAAGCACGUUCAGUUGUUUUGGAGAAUGACAACUCAAAUUUAUUAUGUUCAACUCCUGAUAGGGAUCCAUCAAAUGAUUCUGGCAAUAGUCCUUCCAAGAAAAGAAAACAAAUCGAAAUAGACUUGCAUCAGAAAGAGAGCACUGAUGAACAAGCAUCAGAGGUGAUUGAUGUAGAAAUGUAUGUUACUAAAGAAUCUCAAGAAAGUGUGAAUUCUAGGCCUAGAAAGAUUUCCAAUAGGAAAGUUAGAAGCAAAUUUGAAAAACCAAAGAAAUGUGAUUGUAAGACUGCAGAUAAUAAGCAGAAUACAAUCUUGAAUUUCUUUUCUCGCGUGUAAUUUUUCUUUCCUUGAGGGAAAAAUUAUUAACUUA